GCCUCCCAGUCUCAUGCUAUACGUUGACGGUCGUUCAAGUCCACUGGGGCGGAUGACGAUUAGAUUACGAUUUUUUGCACGGAGGAUUGAACGGUCGUAAAAUAAAUAUUUUCGUCAUCACAUUACAAUAUUAUUAAAAAUUGUACAAUAGUGCGAGAUACAAAUAAUUAUAUUAUUUACGCGUUUGCGUAUGUUUUUAUUUUUUUUUUUAUAAUGCACGUUAGUAUAGUUUAUUAAUAGUAUUUAUGAAAUUUCUUUAAACAAAUUUACAUGAAAAUUACGCGAUAAAAAAAAAUCAGGAUGUCUAUACAAUCGCUUUUGCGAUGGUCGAUGUCUAUAGCCACGUUAUUGGCACUGGUGUUGGCUGAGUCAAAUGGUCAAGUUCGUAAGGACGACGAUAAUAUUUUGCUACUACCCAAGCCGAUACAAUUAUCUGCAGACAACAGUUCCCGCUUGGUGUUAGCUGGUGACCAAAAUGAUACAUCGCUACAGGACAAAGACAUUUUUCCCGAUUCAUGGGUCUCCGAUUUGUUUUACCGCGCAUUAUCCAAUUUUACAAUGCGGCGCGUGGGCAGCACCGCUUGUCAGCAACAAGUGGAAAUGUACGUUAAACACUUACAGAAUUACACGGACUGGGCAGUAAGAAUGGGAGAGUCUUGGAAUCGGUAUCCCAUUGGUAUAUUAGCAGGCAACAAAUAUCAUAUGGGAAUUUAUGACGAAUGUGUCAACGUGCAUUAUCCAGUUAAGGGACAGUAUUGUUUAACUGAAAUACAUUUAAAUCCGUCAAAAGGGAAAAAAUACAGUUUUGACAACGAAACAGUAAACUUGGACGAUGAUGUGAUUAACAAUCACGCAUGGAAAACAAUACUUGAGUGGAUCGAUACUCCAGACCAAGUCAAAAGAAACAGUUUGAAUUUAGGGAUAUGCAUACCGGAUUCUUGUUCGGCGUCAGAUCUACAGACGUCAUUGCAAUCGGAAUUGGACAAGGUGUUUUUACCGGAGAACUUUAAAGCUGUCGUUCAAGUAGACCCGAUAAUGUGUACUGUCAGUGAAGAUAUGUAUCCUUACAACACGGGGUAUUAUAUAACGAGCACAUUUUUUGUAUUACUAGCUUUGAUCUGUUGUGGUGUAACUGUAUUUCAUUUCAUACAACUAUCGUGGAAACAAAUAAAAAUAUUACCUGAUGACGUAUUCUUCAUUUCAUUUUCAUUUAUCAAAUCUGGCAAAGAAUUGUUGAAAUAUGAUAAAAACAACGAAUUAAAUGUACUGAAUGGUUUAAAAGUGCUCACCAUGAUAUUUAUUUUAUUCGGUCACAGAUUUAUGUAUUUAGCAGGAAAUCCUAUAAAUAAUACCACAUUUCUCGAAAAUAUAUAUCAAUAUGGACCAGAUAUUUUAUUAACAAGUAUGAAUCUAGUCGAUCCAUUUUUCUUCAUUACUGGUUUUAUAAUGUACUUGACAGUCUCUCCAAUAUUUCUAAAACCUGGACCAGUAUGGUUUAAACUAGCAUCACCGGUAAUCUACCGAAUAUUAAGAAUGUUGCCGGCUUAUUGUGCGAUGAUGGCGAUCACAGCUAAUAUCGUACCUCACCUUGGUGAUGGACCACUAUGGCCACAAAAAACUUGGCACGAAGCCGAGAUGUGUAAAAAAUAUUGGUGGACCAAUUUGCUUUUUAUAAGUAAUUUUUUAAAUGCCAAAUACGAAUGCCUCAUAGUGAGCUGGUACAUAUCGUGUGACGUUCAGUUUUUCAUAAUUGGAGUUAUUAUGGUUUAUAUUUACACAAAGAACAAUAAAUAUGGAAUUGGAUUACUUACUUCUAUUCUUGUUGUAUCAAUAUUUGUUCCGUUCAUAAUCACGAUUUUGACAAGAGGUGAAGGAAUACUUAAAGUUCACAUUCCAUUUUUAGAAAAUCCUAGACAGUCUAUAACGUUUAAUGGAUCUUAUAGAGCAAGUUACAUGCGGGCCACGCCAUUUUUUACCGGAUUGAUAAUGAGUUUUAUUAUCAAUAAAUUGAAAGAGAAAAAAAUGAAACUUUCACUGAUUACUGUAUACACCGGUACGUUCAUCAUAACCGUGGCUUGUUUGUGGGUUCAGUUUUACGGUGCUAUAUUUUAUAAAAGACAUAGACCUUAUUAUCCAUUAGAACAAGCCUUAUAUUCUACUUUCAGUCAUUGUACAUGGACGGUAGUGUGUGUGUGGGUCUCUGGUUGCUAUUACACAAGUGGCUACGGUCUUAUAUCAAAAUUAUUUGAUAACAGACUUAUGGUACCCUUGGGACGGCUUUCAUACUCUGUUUUCUUAGUGAAUCUAAUCGUAAUGAUGAUGUCUCAGAGUUCACAAAGAUUACCUACUUUUCUAUCAGCAAAAUCAUUGCUGGAUGCUUGGAUAUACGAUACAUUUAAAACGUAUUUGAUGGGUUUAGCAUUAUAUUUAAUCGUCGAAGCACCAUUUGGAAAUUUGAUUAAACUAAUAUUUUGGGGAAAUAAAAAGAAAAACUCAUCUAUAAGAAAAGAAAAACCAAUUGAAAAAGUUACAGUUGUAGAAACUCCAAAAAAAGUUAUGACUCACCUAUGAAUAAUAACUGAUUAAGUCUUAUAAAGAAAUAAUCGGAAUGUAUACUACCUAUAUAGUUUAAUUUUCGUUAGAUUUUAUUACAAUUAGGGAAUUAUAUUGGAUUAAUAAUAUUUUUACUUGUAAAAAUUAGUUUAGUUCUUUAAACGUGUAUGAUACAUUUUUUAAGGUUUUUUGCAUUAUAUUUUUUUAUUCCUGUGUAUGAUAUUUAGAAAUGUAUUAUUUACGUAUAUAUUUGUUUUUUUGUUUUAAAAUAAACGAAUUUUUUAUAUCUAUUGGUAUCAUAAAUUUUGCAUGGUAUGAUUAUACUGAUAAGAUAUACAUUGUAAUAUACAUACAUUAAACUACUGUUUCUAAUUACA